CUGCUGUCUUCCUUUUUUAUCCAUUUUCUUACGUUCACGUCACUCACCGUCAAUCCAAGUAUCUGACCCAGAUCAUUUGUUGAUCGGUUUUCUGGGUACCCAUUCCUAUUAUUUUCCUUAAACUUCACGGUUUUAUUUGUUCUUUCUUCGUUUGAUUGACAGAAGAAGAAGAAGAGAGAUGGGGAGGCUGUUUGUAUCCACUCUCGAAGGAAAGAUCUAUAGCUGCAAGCACUGUGGAACUCAUCUUGCUCUUUCUGACCACAUAGUCUCCAAGUCUUUUUACUGCAGACACGGGAAGGCUUAUCUCUUCAGUAAGGUAGUGAAUGUCACUUCUGGCCCGAACGAAGAUAGGAUGAUGAUGACCGGUAUGCACACCGUUGCAGACAUUUUCUGCGUCAAAUGUGGGUCGAUUGUUGGCUGGAAAUACGAAAUGGCUCACGAGAAGAAUCAGAAGUACAAAGAAGGGAAAUCGGUCCUUGAGCGGUUUAAGGUUGCUGGCCCUGAUGGAAGCAGCUACUGGACAAGCCAUGAAGGAGUUGGCCCUGAUUAUGUCUGAUCAUCACCUCUUAAGAUCAUAUAUUCUAUCCUCAACUGUACAUUCUCAACCCACCCCCAUUCUUCUCAUUGAACUAUUGUAUCCUGGAAUUGUCUAUUCCCAUGUUUCAAAACUCUGGAUAAUUGUUCAUUAAAUUUGCCAGAACUGUUCAUAUGAAGUGGGUGCAUAUUCUUUAUGCA